AUGUCGCGGCUGGAGAAGUGGCAGCUCUGGUUACAGUCCAAUCGCUAUGAGUCGAUCAUGGCUGUCGUCCUUUGCUUCAAUGUAUUGUGGAUGGCCAUGGAUUUGCAAUUCUUCGGGACCAUUGCAGGUUACAACCUUCAAGUAUUCUCGACGCCUGUGCCGCCAGACCAAGUACCAACAUGGGAAAGUGUUUUGACGAUCGGAGAUCUUCUAUUUACAGGUGUCUUCGUGCUGGAUGUCAUCGUUCGCAUUUGUGUGUUGCGGUCCAAGUUCUGGAAGCAAUUCAUGAACUAUGUCGACGUUGCAGUAAGCAUUACAAACCUGGCCGAAUUCGGCGUUCUCUAUGCGACGACGCUGCCGGUAAAUCCCAUCCUAUUUCGACUGCUGCGACUCGGUAAACUGGCGAGGGCCAUCCGCAUGAUCAACAUGACGAGCGUGUUAGGUUCCCUCCAGCUCUUGGUGAAGUGCCUCGCGUCCAGCAGCAACAUGCUCUUUUGGAGCUUUUGCCUCCUAACCUUCGUGCAAUGUGUGGCAGGGCUGAUUGUGUCCACUCUGUGUCGAGACUUCUUCGAGGAUGAGACCUACGAUGUCUCCCUGAGAGAAGCGGUUUUUCGGUACUACGGCACAUUUACUCGCACCUUCUUGACCAUGUUU